AUGAAUUAAGCAAAGUAUAAUAAAUACAAGAAUUCAACUAUUAAAGCUUAGUCAUAAUCAAACUAAAAGCUAUAAUAGAACAAAACGCAAAGCAAUCAAUAGACUGAGAAUCCUUCUUUUUAUUAAUACAGCGUAGAAAAUUCUAAAAAAAAGCAAUCCAUUUCAUAAGAAGAAAAAACAAUGAGUUCAGAAGAUUUGAAUGAUAGGAUAAAAGAGAUUAUUUCAAGGCAUGGCGGAUACAUAUACUCAGAAACUAGUCCAAUUAGCGAGUAAUUUUAAGAUGUAGUUAUUGGAUCAGACUUUAAUUAAAAGGCAGAAUAGGCAGCAUAAAAACCUAGGGAUGCUAGCAAAAAAAAGAAGAUUAUUGAAUCUCAACUAAAAAAGCUUUCUUCUUCAGGAUCAUCUUCAGCAGAUAGAUUUACUAAAAAUAAUUUUAAAAAAGAUAAAAAUCUUCAGCAAUAAUAGUUACCUAACCAAAAGAGAAACAAAGUUUCUCAAAGUUAAAGGGACUAUAUUUUCGAAUAAAAUUAGGAUUAGACAUCAUCUUCAGAAGUAAACUAAGAUGCAACAAAUUAUUCUUUUUCCGAAGGUAUUCACAGCGGCGCUCAAAUUUAAGAGCAAAAGAAUUAAGAAGAAGUUAUUUAACAGCAAGAAAGCAAAAUAUCAAAUAGAUUGCCAUAUCUAAAAGAAAAUGAUAACAAAUAUUAGUCAUAAGAUUAAAACAGCGGUAAAUAGAAAUAUGUAAAUGAAUAAGCAUUGUAAAAUAGUGAAAUUAAUGAAUCUUUUGGUAAUAAUGAUACUUCUUAAAUAAAGUACUCUACCAAUUUAGACAGAAGCAAUUUAUAAAAUAUUACAUGUGAAAAAUAUUCAACUCCUUUAAAAGAAUAUGACUAGAAAAAUUUUGGAAAAUCUAAAGACUGUCUCUAAGGGUCUGAAUCUUAGCGAUCAUAGGUUUACAAUCCAAUCACAAACUCUAUCCUUGAAAGUUCUUUUAAAAAACAACAACCAAAUUCAAAACUUAGCUUGGAAAAUAGCAUAAAAAAUAUAAAGAUAAAGAAUUUAACGAGGAUCAAACUAAUUGUAAAACCACCUCUACUGGUUUCCGAAAUUUGCAGAGGAAUGGUUGGCUUAUUCUGCCUAUCUGAUGAGAUAAAUGAAGAUGAAUCAUUUCUUUCGAAAAUGAAUGUUGAUUGGACAGAAAUUCAACCAAAAUUUAAUUAGCCAGGAGAGAUGAUGAAUUUAAUAUGCAGAACAAAAUCUUUAAUUAAAAAUGGUAAAAUUAAUGAGAGAAACAUAAGAUAUGUUUCUAAAACAUUGGAUUCUAUUGAGCAAGUUGUAAAAAUGGAAGAAGAAAACAGAGAAUACAGUGAAAUGCAAUCUAAUCAUUUUGAAAAUUAAGUUAUUAUGGAAAAUAUGGUUGUUUUUGUUGACUUUUUAGGAGCAACUUGUGAUUAUUUUUUCAGAACUUCUUAAUCAAAUUUACCUAUUUCAAUAGAUACUUACAUGAAUACAAAUAAAAAUAAAAAGGAAUCAGCAUAGAAAUAUCCAAAUCAUGCUUAUAUUGACACAAAAAAUAAAAAUUAAAUUCCUCAAAGUAUAUAAAUUUCAUCCUAUCUUGAAGAAUAAAGGGAUAACAGGAAUAUGUUAAGCACAUAAUCUAGUAUGUUUCCAAAUACUUCUUAUGUUAUGUCUAAUAAAUCUGAAUAGAUACCUCUCAGAAAUGAUAGUUAAUUUAUACAAAACUCUCAAGCUAGAAAGUCGAAUGUUUCACAAAAUGAUAGAUCACCUUAAAGCUGUGACAUUAAAAAAAUGAAUAAAUUUAUAAAUCACACUCCGAAUUAAGAUUAAGCAGGAAAUUAGAAAUACUUUUUAUCAAAGAGCAGGAAUAACUAUUCAUUAAAAAUUUAACCUCAUGACUUCUCUAAUUCGAAUUUAGAGGAGAGUAAAUAUAUUUCUGAUGUAAAUAAUAGCAAUAAUGGCUAUAAUCGAUAAUCAAAUGAAUCGAUACAAAAAUCAUAAAAAACUAAACAAAAUUUAGUGCUUAAUAAAACUUCAGAUACAUACUAUGGGUUAGGCUCCCCAUCUACUUAAAAAUUAAAUAGCACAUUUACCACUAACAUAACUUAAAGUAGGUCAUAAACUCCAACAAGUGAGGUAUAUUCAUAAAAAAAAAAUACAAUAAAACCAAGAGGGUCAUCCUUGGCAAAAUAGCAGUUGAAUGCUUCAAAUCAAAAAAUAAAUUAAUAAAAAAAUAUAUUUAAAAAAUCCAGUAAGGAUUUAGAAAAUCAGGAAAAUGAAGCCUCUGUAAACAUAAAUAGAAGCACAUCUAGAAAUAAAAUAAAUUAAUCAAAACCUUUAAAAGAAUCUAUAAAUAGUAAAAAUACAGAUAAAUAGAUACCAUAGGAAUAGGAUUUUAGAAAAAAUAGGUUAGAAAAAAUUAUGGAAUUAAAAGUAAAAAAGCCGAAAGUUGAAAGCUUUGUUAAAAAAAUGAUAAAGGGUGAUCCAAUUUACUAAGAUGUACUUUUAAAAAAGCAAAGAAAUUUAAGUAAUGACUAAAAUAGUUAAAAUUUGAAAAAUAAUAAUAGUCAUUUACUUAGCGGUUACCAUCAAAUGUGUGACUAGUAUGAGCACUAAAAAAGUCAUUUAUCUGAAAAGCUCUAAGAAGUAUAAAACUAAGUUAUACAGCUCUCUUAACGUGCUAACAAAGCUGAAUGGGAUGAUAAGCGAUAUGCUAAAUAAACUCAAAUGGACGAGGAGAAUUCCUACUAAAAGUUUGAUUUAAAUUUUAAAAGAGAAGAGCAUCAAAGACUUAAGGAUUUCUAAAAGAGUGUUAAUGAAGAUGAAAAAUAACUUCUUAAAGAAUAAUCUGUAGACAAAUAUUUGAUGAAUAGGAGUAGGAGGGAAUAUGAAAAAAGUGUUCAAAUUUAAAAUAAUGCUGAAGAAGAGUUCAGAUCAUAUGUAGAUCUGAAAUAUAAGUAAGCUAUGCAACGAAGAUAGCUCCUUUAACAAAAAAGUGAGUUAGAUAUUAAAAAAUAAGAAUACGAAGACAUAAGAAAUUACAAAAGCCACUAAAAAAGCUUUGAAAUCCUUGAGCAAAAAAGUAGGUAUGGAGAUGAAGAGGUUAGUAGAUUAAACUACAGUAUUCAAAAAAGCGUUGAGAAAAAGAACGAACUUGAAAAACGUUUAGAAAAAACCUUAGAUGUCAUUUAUAACUUUAGAAAAUUGACUUCUUUCAAGAAUCUUCAUGAGUUUUAAUGA